AUGUCCGAAGUCGAAAAAAAACUGUCUAAUAUCCGUAAUAUCGGUAUCAUCGCCCACAUUGACGCUGGAAAAACUACCACUACCGAACGAAUUCUUUAUCAUACCAACGUAAUUCGCGAAAUGGGGGAAGUUCACGAUAGAGAAGGCUACCAAAUAAAUAUUAUCGAUACUCCUGGACACGUUGAUUUUACUGCCGAAGUUGAGCGUUCUUUGCGAGUUUUGGACGGCGGAAUAGUAGUUUUGGAUGGCAAAAAAGGGGUCGAAUCCCAAACCGAAAAAGUUUGA